AUGGCGCGAGGAGACGCCCCGCGGGACAGCUACCACCUGGUCGGGAUCAGCUUCUUUAUCCUCGGGCUGGGCACCCUCCUCCCUUGGAACUUCUUCAUCACAGCCAUCCCGUACUUCCAGGGGCGGCUGGCGGGGGCCAACAGCACCACCGAGACCCUGGGCACCAACCACACGAGCCCCGCAGAUACCUUCAACUUCAACAACUGGGUGACCCUGCUGUCACAGCUGCCCCUGCUGCUCUUCACACUCCUCAACUCCUUCCUGUACCAGUGCAUCCCCGAGACAGUGCGGAUUCUGGGCAGCCUGCUGGUCAUCCUGCUCCUCUUCACCCUGACGGCGGUGUUGGUCAAGGUGGACAUGAGCCCCGGGCUCUUCUUCUCCAUCACCAUGGCCUCUGUCUUUUUCAUCAACUCCUUCGGUGCAGUUCUGCAAGGCAGCCUCUUCGGGCAACUGGGCACCAUGCCCUCCAAGUACAGCACCCUCUUCCUCAGUGGCCAGGGCCUGGCUGGGAUCUUCGCUGCUCUUGCCAUGAUCAUAUCCAUGGCCAGUGGCGUGGAUGCCCAGACGUCCGCCCUGGGGUACUUCAUCACGCCCUGCGUGGGCACCAUCAUGUCCAUCGUGUGCUACCUGAGCCUGCCUCACCUGAAGUUUGCCCGCUACUAUCUGGCCAAGAAACCAUCGAAGGCCCAAGGUCAGGAGCUGGAGACCAAAGCUGAGCUCCUCAAAUCUGAUGAGAAGAAUGGGAUUCCCAACAGCUCCCAGAAGGCAGCCCUGACUCUGGAUCUUGACCUUGAGAAGGAGGCAGAGAUGGAACCAGAGGAACCCCAGAAGCCAGAAAAACCUUCAGUUUUCAUCGUCCUCCGGAAGAUCUGGCUGACGGCACUAUGCCUCGUACUGGUCUUCACAGUCACCCUGUCUGUCUUCCCGGCCAUCACCGCCAUGGUGACCAGCUCCACCAGUCCUGGAAAGUGGAGUCAGUUCUUCAACCCCAUCUGCUGCUUCCUCCUCUUCAACGUCAUGGACUGUCUGGGACGGAGCCUGACCUCUUACUUCCUGUGGCCCGACGAGGACAGCCGGCUGCUGCCCCUGCUGGUCUGCCUGCGCGUCCUGUUCGUGCCGCUCUUCAUGCUGUGCCACGUGCCCGAGAGGUCCCGGCUGCCCAUUCUCUUCCCCCAGGACGCCUACUUCAUCACCUUCAUGCUGCUCUUCGCUGUCUCAAAUGGCUACCUGGUGUCCCUCACCAUGUGCCUGGCGCCCAGGCAGGUGCUGCCACAGGAGAGGGAGGUGACCGGCACCCUCAUGACCUUCUUCCUGGCGCUGGGGCUCUCUUGUGGCGCCUCCCUCUCCUUCCUCUUCAAGGCGCUGCUCUGA